AUGAGCAGUAAGAGCUCUUUGAAGUAUCUUGGAUUUAACCUAUGUGGCAAUGAGGCAAAACAGCUCAAGGAGAAGAAGAGGUUCUUAAAUCUUCUCAAUGAUGUCAAAUUCAAAGGUGUUGUAGAUCAGGUUUCGCUGCUUAAAUUAAUGGAAGAUAUUUCAGCCAAUUGGAAGACAGGCUUUAAGAAUGAUAAAGCUACUAUCGAGAAGCUUAAAAACAAACUCAAUGAAGAGAAAGCACUCGUCUAUAAAUACAAGAAGUCAACCCCAAACCUGAAGAAGCAAAUUAGUAAAUAUGAGAAAGAAAGAACUCUCAUGGAAACUAAGACCACUCAACUAAAAAUCCAAAGAAAAUUUACAGAAUACCAAAAACAUCAGAAGAUCUUUGUACCCAAUAAACCAUCAACCAAUCAAGAGUACAAAAAAGAGCUAAACCAAAUCUACAAAAGAUGAGUGACAAAACCCUGCAACAGAGAGUUUUACACAUCUGAGGCUUAACAGCCUCAACAUCU